AUGGAGCGCGAGCUCAACCCCGGGCCAGAGCAGGAGUACCAGUCCAAUACGCUCGGUGGACCCCAAGCCUCUGCUCCUCAAGGUGACGGUGAUCAAGGUAAAUCGAAAACAGCCAUCCCUGUGCCCCGCUCCGCGGCCCGCGCCACCUGGCCUGAACCUCGCCCGCUGACACGGACAUCAUGGGCACGCAAGCACCAAGGACUUUCCGGGCUCGGCCAGAACGAGGUUGCUGAUGCACCAAACACCAAACAGUACUUAGUAGUGACAUUGGGCGACGCGAGGCAGUCGACGCCGACGAUAACGAAGUCCCUGAACCCAGAAUGGAACGUCUCAUUCGAAAUGCCCGUGAUGGGCGUGCCCUUGUUGGAAUGCAUCUGUUGGGAUCAUGAUCGGUUCGGCAAGGACUACAUGGGCGAGUUUGAUAUUCCGCUGGAGGAUAUCUUCGCGGACGGUCAGAUCAACCAGCAGCCCACAUGGUAUACACUCAAGUCAAAACGGCUGCCCACCCGGUCGACCCUCAAAAAGAAGAAGAAGAAGGACGACAAUGUGUCUGGCGAAAUUCUGCUGCAGUUCUCCCUGUCGGAUUCGGCGAAUCCGAACGCCUCGCCCACCGACACUUACCGAAAAUUCAAGAGUCUGGUCUCGGCUGGGGAGGAGGAGGAUCAGCUGCCAGACGACCAGCUGGCGCAGGUCGAUCUCGACGACCUCGAGCUGGAGACGUCCGAUGAGACGGAUGAUCCGACGAAGCCCGAGGUCGUCGAGAAGCGCCGGCGACGUCUUCGGUUGGCUCGCCUGAGGCGCAAAUCUCUGGCUGCCCGGGCAUAUCAAUUCUCGGGCUCGGGCUCGGGUGUCCAGGGUAUUGUGUUCAUGGAAAUCGUACGAGUAACAGAUCUCCCGCCCGAGCGGAAUGUGACGCGCACAUCGUUCGACAUGGACCCCUUUGUUGUAACAUCUCUCGGGCGAAAGACUCUGAGAACGCCCGUUGUCCGACACAACCUGAACCCGGUGUAUCAUGAGAAGAUGGUCUUCCAGGUGAUGAAACAUGAGCGGCUCUACACGAUAGGCUUCACGGUGAUGGACCGCGACAAGUUCUCGGGCAAUGACUUCGUUGCAUCCGCGGGCUUCCCACUGCAAAAGCUCAUCCAGGCAGCGCCGAAGGCUGACCCAGAGUCGGGGUUAUAUCAAUUUGUAGAAACAGAGCCCCCGAGCCCGACCAAGUCCAGUUCCCGCUUUGCCCUCAGCCCAUCACCAUCGUCUCCAAAUCUCUCCAAGAUGGGCAGGCCCCCGCUGAAGUCGCGCAACUCAGCCAACUCAGUGUCCUCUCAAUCUGUUCUCGAUCUGGUCAGCCGGCCCCCGCCGACCUCUGUUCCAGCAGAGGAUGGCCUCGGAUUGGAUAGUAGCAGUUCUACUCUACAGCUGCCCGAGAGCAACGACCCAAUCCCCCCAGCUGACGAGGAUGGACUGCGGGAGUACAUUAUCCCCUUAACCCUUAAGAAUCGAGAUCGUUGGGAAGACAAGCACUCGCCCGAGCUGCUUGUCAAAGCCAAAUAUCUUCCGUAUAGCGCGUUGCGCCAGCAAUUCUGGAGAUUGAUGCUGAAGCAAUAUGACGCGGAUGACAGUGGCCGCAUCGACAAGGUUGAGAUAACCACGAUGCUCGACACCCUUGGAUCCACCCUGAAGGAAUCAACCAUCGAUAGUUUUUUCAAACGAUUCGGCAACGAAAACGAGCCCAGUGAAACGGCCGACUUGACGUUUGACCAAUGUGUGAUUUGUUUGGAAGACACGCUACGGACCCUACAACUGCGGAACUCGGUGCCCGGUGUGCCAUCGUCCAACCCCGUCCCACGGAGACCUGGUCUCGCACCAUCAUCAGUCGGAAGCCAAGAAAGUGAGGAGCCAUCCAGCGACGAGGAGCUCGUUAUCGAAAGCAGCACCAGCAUGCCGUCCAAUGCUAAUCCCCAGGAAACAGCGGUCCCAACUCUAUCCAGUGAGGAGCAGCCCAGCUCGAACGACGAGGAUCUCCAGCCGGGCGAUCUUGGUGACGAGCGUGGCGAAGAACACGUCGUGGAGAUCCGCGAGUGUCCGCUCUGCCACCAGCCUCGCCUUGCGAAACGAUCGGACGCGGACAUCAUCACCCACAUUGCAACAUGCGCGAGUCGCGACUGGCGACAGGUCGAUAACUUGGUCAUGGGCGGCUUCGUGACCUCCAGUCAGGCGCAGCGCAAAUGGUAUUCCAAGGUCAUCACCAAGCUCUCGUAUGGUGGGUACCGGCUUGGAGCCAACUCGGCCAAUAUCCUUGUCCAAGACCGGAUUACGGGUCAAAUCAACGAGGAGCGUAUGAGUGUCUAUGUCCGUCUUGGGAUUCGGUUGUUGUACAAGGGUCUCAAGAGCAAGGAAAUGGAGAAGAAGAGAAUUCGUCGCGUUCUGCGCUCUCUUAGUAUCAAGCAGGGCCGAAAGUAUGACGACCCGGCAUCGGCUAGCCAGAUCCAGGACUUUAUCAAUUUCCACCAGUUGGACAUGUCCGAGGUCUUGUUGCCUAUUGAGAAAUUCCGUAACUUUAAUGAGUUCUUCUAUCGCGCUUUGAAGCCUGAGGCUCGUCCGUGCUCGGCCCCUGAUGAGCCGAAAGUCGUGGUCUCCCCGGCCGAUUGCCGCUGUGUGGUCUUCGAUCGCAUGGACGAGGCCACCAGCAUCUGGGUGAAGGGCCGUGAGUUCUCGGUAGAGAGACUGCUGGGCAACGCUUAUCCUGACGACGCGGCGCGGUACAAGAACGGUGCGUUGGGCGUGUUUCGCCUGGCGCCCCAGGAUUACCACCGCUUCCACGUUCCCGUGGAUGGAGUGAUGGGCGAGCCCAAGACCAUCGAGGGCGAGUAUUAUACUGUCAACCCGAUGGCUGUUCGCUCAGCACUGGAUGUGUACGGCGAGAACGUGCGCGUUAUUGUUCCGAUUGAUUCUGUUGCCCAUGGGCGUGUCAUGGUCAUCUGUGUCGGAGCCAUGAUGGUCGGCAGCACGGUCAUCACCCGCAAAGCCGGUGAGAAAGUUGCUCGAGCCGAAGAGCUGGGAUACUUCAAGUUCGGCGGUAGCACGCUUCUGGUCUUGUUUGAGGAAGGAAUGGUGAACUUUGAUUCUGAUCUUGUGGACAAUUCCAGGGGUCCCUUGGAGACACUGAUCCGCGUGGGUAUGUCAGUCGGCCACAGUCCCGACAUCCCCCAGCACGAACCCGACAUGCCGAAGAAGGCCGAGAACAUCACGGACGAAGAUAUGCAGGAGGCGAAGCGCCGCAUCGAAGGCAGCCUGGCACCCCCCGUUGAUCCGGUCUCGCUGGCUGCCGUCUCAUGA